AAUUCAACUCCCCAUGCGGAACCUCUCUGUUAUCGAUAAUUACCAGAGGGUAAACCGGUUGUUAAAUGUUGUGGUAUUUUUAGCGUUUGACACAUCAGUUUAAUCACGAUUUAUCUUCAAAUUUGGAACUUUUUCAUCCACUAAUUUACGGAAAAUAUGCCUCUCACCGGUGUUAAACUGAACGCAAAACAACAGGAAGAAUUGAAGGAAGCAUUUAUCAUAUACGACAGUGACGGAGAUGGCAAAGUCACUAGAGAACAGGCUACAUGUGUCAUCAGGAGUAUAGCCCUUAGUCCAACCAAUGAGGAACUGAAUAGUAUGCUCGGAGAUAGAGAGCGUCUUUUCUCAUUAAAUGAAAUACAGACAAUAAUUGCCACAAAAGCCCCGCCAUUUGAGACAGAAGAAAACUUGAAGGAGGCUUUCAGUAUUUUUGACAAAGACGGUAAUGGAUAUGUUGAUGUCAAGGAAAUCCGUCACGUGCUUGUACAUCUCGGAGAAAAGCUAAAAGACGACCAAGUGGACGAGAUGUUGCGAGAUGUAGAAAUCAGUGGAGAUAACCAAUUUAACUUUGAAGAAAUGGUACGCACCAUCCAGUGCCUGUACUGAAGAGGCGAACAGAGGGAAACAAAAAAAUGAGGCAUCACCAUUCCAUAAAUAUAUACUGUGUGUCAUAAACGCUUGCAAAAACGUCUGGAAAAGCUUUAUUGUUCAUUGUUAUUGUAUAUUUUUAUUUAUAGAAAAGAAUUUUGAUAGUAUAUAAGAUAUCAUGAAACUACUUUAUGAAAUGAAAGUUUUCUUAGAUCUGCUAGUUUUUCUACGCAUUACACUUUGUUUAUAGGCAUAAUAGAAAAAUGUGAGUUAGGAACUUGGAUACUUUUUAUACCUAAUUUUUUCCCGCCAAAAUAAGAUCUUACAAAAUAAA